GACUUUGGCCGCCUUCUGCUAUUUAGAGAGGAAAUUUGUAUAGAUUGCGAUUGCUUGAGAGGUAGAACGAUGCAGAACGUGUUGUUGCAGACCCGGUCUCUUGGGGCGGCAUGCCCUCGCGUCGCUGGUUCGACACAAGCACGCCGGCUACGGCCAGUAUGUGCGCUUUCACUAGACCGGUCAGGAGCUGAUGGCUCUGGGCGAAAGCCCCGCAGCGUCGAGGUGGCAGCGAGCUCCGCCCUUAGUCUACAACAAGUCCAGCUGCAAGUCGCAGAAUCGCUGGUAACCGAGGAGGCACAAUCAGCAUAUGACGCGGGCUAUCAGGCGGGGCUAGCGGCGGCACGGAAAGCCCAGGAGUCGAAAGCCGCGCCCGAAGCGCCCGCGCCGGGUGUACAACCAGUGCAGGACAGCAUGUUCCGCUCGCUUGUAAAAGCAUUCUCCUGGCGCUUCUUCUCGACGGCCACGACGAUUUUCCUUACACUCACGUUCUUCAACGCGUCACUUGAAGACGCGCUGGAGAUGGGCGCAGCGGAGUUCGUUUCCAAGUAUGUGCUAUUCCUGAUCCACGAACGGCUCUGGAUACUGGUCACGCUGUUCUGAGCAGCUGGGCUGGCCGGAGGCAUGAGGGCGGUGCCGUUCCUGGCGGAGCGCACCGCCACCGACAGCGCAGACGAUAGCCGGCAGGCUACAAGCAGGGCGAAGAAACUACGGAACAGCAGCGUUUGUGGAAGGAGGAGAGGGCCUGCCAACUUGGCCCCAGCCUGGCAGCUGUUUUAUUACCGUGCGCCACCAGCGCGUCACGAGCGAGCAUUUCGUUAAGGGCUAUGUGUGGACGUCAGCAGACAUGAGGUGCGGAAGCUUUACGAGUGUGCACGGGAACAGCGGUCGGGGCUGCGGUGCGGGGUAGCUGAAGCGCUCGAGAGGCGAGGCGCGCGGGAGGAAGGGGAAUCGAGAGAGGAGGUGCAGUUAUUGCGGGUUGACGUGCAGCACAGUAUCAUCAAGGAGAUUUCACACUAGAGGGAUUGUUGAUGAUCACAAGUUCUUGACAGUGGGCCCUGGUACAACACAGAACAGAGGGCGGCAUAUUUGGAAUGCACCGAUCAGAGUACGGAGUUUCGGUGUCUGUUUGAGCGCGUUGAAUUGAGGCGUGCCGAGGCCACAGAGGGAUCAUAUGUACAAGUAUUUGCAACUGGCAUGAGUUGACGUGGCUGGUGUUUGGACUCGCUACGCGCUUGCCAACUAACGGAGGCGUUAGAAGGCCCGGAAGACUCCUGAAUGAUGAUCGCCUUGGUUCCCGCGCGCGUACAAGGUGUGUGAGUGCGGUUGACGUGGUUGCAUCUAUGUGCUACGUAUCACCUGAGGUGCUGCGUUGAUGUGAGUGAUUUCGUUCGUCGUUGGUUUGCAUGUCGGUGCGCGGUGUCCGCGCGUUUUGGUGCUCUCAUGGCCCGUGCUUGACCUGCGUUGACAAGGUGGCGUCAGGCAAGACUGGUGCAAGACAGAACUGGCGGUGUUGACAGGAACGGAAGCAACACGACUGUCGAUGGACGCAAUCAGCAUUACAAUAAUUCCUAGCACUCAGAUUGUCGUGCGUGGUGUCAGGCGGAGGCCAUAGGGGGCUACAAGUACCCUGUAUACUGUACGUCACAUCCUUGCGUGUCCAUGGGCGGCAAUGGUGCAUUUGGAUGGAGUGAGGCCAAGGCAAGCGCACGCUAUCGCACACUGUUUGUUUGCGGUGUCGGUGCGAUCAGGGGAGGCAAGGCGGCGACAGCAAGCGGCGAGGCGGCGUGCACGCCACGCACCGACGGCUGUUGAUUGACGGUGGAGUGAGACUGGCGUUCGCCAAACUGACUUUGGUAGGGCUUGGCAAGAUUGAUUAUUACCGUAAAGUAUGCGCUGGGAUACCGCAUGGAUAAGGGACGCAACAUGCAUCCCCGCCCAUACGUGAAGGGGAGCUCCAAAUGAAUUGGGUCUGGACCUGGGAUGAAACGGAAUGUAAAUCACUUGCAGC